ACAUAUCUAGGUAUAUUUAAGGUUCUUACUUUUCAGGAAAAACCAAAUGACCUACUGGUUUCAAAGACUAUUGCUUUUUUUAUUCCUUUGGUACUAAAUCAAUAGACGUCUUUAUAGCAUAGCAGCUGUUGCUUAAUGGUCCCAAAGAGUUAAUGCACUGCCUAAAUUGAACACAUUUCAGUGUCUACCCUGAGCAGGAUCUCAAUUAAUGUUGAUGGAUUGACUUUCUCACAUGCGUAAAAGCUCAAUUUGUACAAUUUAAUCCUAUGAGACUAAAGCAAAUAAUUUAAGAGCACUGUGUGUUGAAUUCUAUGUUUGGCAAUACAACAAUGUUUAUAGAUGUAAGAACUACAUGUAUUUGUUUCCAUUUUUUCAUAAAAAGGUAUUUUCUAGUUAACUGAAAGAGGCUACGAGAGUGUCAAACACUUUGAGACAUAAUCUAAGCAUAGCAAGACUAUAAAUUUGGCUGAUUGAAUAUAAAUAUUCAGAUAGUGACACUGGAGUAAUUACAAAGAAUUUGAAGACUGAAAUAUCUGAAGAUAAGAUGCAAACUUUGUUGAUUAUUAAUAAUAUCUUUACAUCAUGUAAUAAGGAUUGCCUAUGAUAGAUAGAUAGAUAGAUAGAUAUAAGUGGGAAACACUCCAUUUGAACUGCUCAUUCAGAUUUUGACAACUUUCUACACUAUGUAUGGUAUGCUAUUCUUUAAGGAAGAUGAGCAGGUUGGAGGAUGUCCCAGAAGUAUCCAUUUAAUUUGAAAGCAUAAUGAAUUUCCUCUUUACAUGCCAACCAUACAACUCUAUGGUUGAAUAGUUUUACCCUGUGAUCAGGUGACAGCUUGGAAAGCAUCUCCCUAGUCAAAGCAGUGUCUUAGGGAGUGAGGGAAUGCGCUGUUGGUACUUCAGCAGAGCACUGCUCUUGCAUCCUAUGUCCAAACAAGAGCUGUGCUGUACAUUUUAAAAAGUUUGAGCAAAUAAACUGACAAGUAUCUAACACUACAAGAUGGGAAGCAGCAUUAGUUCAGAAAGCAAAGAGUCUGCCAAGAGAUCAAAAGAAUUGGAGAAAAAGCUUCAGGAAGAUGCUGAGCGAGAUGCAAGAACUGUCAAGUUGCUGUUAUUAGGAGCAGGAGAAUCUGGAAAAAGUACCAUUGUGAAACAAAUGAAGAUCAUCCAUAAGAAUGGUUACAGUGAGCAAGAAUGCAUGGAGUUCAAAGCAGUAAUUUACAGUAAUACAUUGCAAUCCAUCUUAGCUAUUGUGAAAGCCAUGGCUACCCUUGGGAUUGAUUAUGCAAAUCCCAGAAGUGCAGAAGACCAACGCCAACUUCAUGUGAUGGCAAAUACCCUGGAAGAUGGUAGAUUGACGCCUGAGUUGGCUGAGGUAAUAAAACGACUGUGGAGAGAUCCAGGAAUUCAGGCCUGCUUUGAAAGGGCAUCUGAAUAUCAACUCAAUGACUCAGCAGCUUACUACCUAAAUGAUUUGGACAGAAUAGCAGCUCCUGGAUAUGUCCCAAAUGAGCAAGAUGUUCUACAUUCUCGAGUGAAAACAACUGGAAUCAUUGAAACCCAGUUCUCAUUUAAAGACUUGCAUUUCAGAAUGUUCGAUGUAGGUGGGCAGAGAUCUGAGAGAAAGAAAUGGAUUCAUUGCUUUGAAGGCGUUACAUGCAUUAUAUUUUGUGCCUCACUCAGUGCUUAUGACAUGGUCCUGGUGGAAGAUGAAGAAGUGAACAGAAUGCAUGAAAGCCUUCACCUGUUCAACAGUAUCUGCAAUCACAAGUACUUUGCAACCACCUCCAUUGUCCUGUUUCUCAAUAAAAAAGAUCUCUUUCAAGAAAAAGUAACCAAGGUGCAUCUUAGUAUCUGCUUUCCAGAAUAUACUGGUCCAAAUACAUUUGAAGAUGCAGGAAACUACAUCAAGAACCAGUUUCUAGACCUGAAUUUAAAAAAAGAAGAUAAGGAAAUUUAUUCCCACAUGACCUGUGCUACAGAUACUCAGAAUGUCAAGUUCGUGUUUGAUGCAGUUACAGACAUAAUAAUCAAAGAGAAUCUAAAAGACUGUGGGCUUUUCUAAUCAAUCCUUUUUAAUUCUACUCUUGCUCAUGUAUACUUUUCAAGAUAUUAAAGGUGCUGUGUGAUGUGUUUAGUUUUAA